GACGCCGGGACCGGCGCCCGGCCCUGCCCCGCCCUCCGCUAUUAAAGGCGGGGACGCGCCAGGCACCGACAGACGCGGGGAGAGACGGCGCCGCCACGAUGCCGCUGUCCCAGAGCAGGGCUGGGCAGACCCCGUGCAGCAGCAAGGUGUGCAGGAACCUCUUUGGCCCCGUGGACCACGAGCAGCUCCAGCAUGACUUUGAGGACAAGAUAAGACAGCAGCUGGAAGAAGCUCAGCAGCGCUGGAACUUCGACUUUGAGACAGAGACUCCCUUGGAAGGGCCGUUCAAGUGGGAGAGGAUCCUCGUGGCUGAGCAGCCGUCCCAGGAGGUUCACAGCCUGGUCAGUGCUGUCACCAGCAGUGACAGCAGGAGCUCCUUGGCCCACAGGGUCCCCCCCAAGGACCAUGUUGGCAGGAUUUGCCCUGAGGAGUCUGAAGAGAGCUCGAAGGCUUACAAGGCUGGUUCCUCGCAGAGCUUGAAACGUGGGCAGACCACGAUCAAAGACUUCUACAGUGCCAAGCGGAGGAUCGUCCCUGCGCGGCCCCGGCCGUGACUCGCUGGGGCAGCUGCCGACGCCGGGGGGACGUGGCUCCCCCAGCCUGUGCUGUGCUAUCUGUACAAAGCAAUGUAGAGUCUUUAGUUCCCUAUUUAUGAGUAGCUCUGGGGUCCUGAGGGACCUUCACUGUGUGCAAUGUAGAGGAGGAGCCCCACGACGGGGCUGGAGGAGGACUGAGAUGGGCCUGGUGGGAUAAAGGCUCUGCCCUGUGCUUGUGGGUCCAAACACCGUCCUUGUGCCAUCCUGCUGCCCAGCUGUGCUCCAUCCCCUGCCUAGGGGCUGGUCCUAGGGGGACACUUGUGUCCCAACCACCUGGUGGCACCAGACACCUUCAAGAAAAGUCACUGGUGUGGAUUGUAGAGCCCUGGGACACCCUGGCUGCUGGCACAUGUGGGUGGCCCUGUGCCCCAGCAGGAUGGACCUGAGCACUUGUCCGUGUGUGGGAGCAGGGUGACGUGGAGGCUGCUCCUUCCAGGGCUCUGGGGAGAGGAAGCUGUUCCCUGGACAGCCCUUCCUUGGAGUGACUCACCAGGAACAGCCACCUGGGGACCAGCACUGCCCCUGGGAGACUUUGGGAUCCUCUGCACUCUGCUGGCCCCAAACCCCACUUGUUGUUGGCUUGUUGAGUGGUGCUGCCUAUGCCCACAUCCCUGCCUCCCUCAACACUGACACCAGGCUGGGGAGCCCCUGCUCUGGCUCUGUUGUGCUCCUCUAGGAAGAAGCCCUGCUCAGCAGCAGGGAUGAUGUUGAAAUAAGGAAUUGUAGCUUGUUUUCCUGGACUUUUUCUUCUUUGGGGCUGGUGGGAAGAGGACCUCACCUGGCGCUGCUCUGGCACCAGGAGAUGGCCUGGAGCAGAGGCUGCUCAUUUCCAGCACUGAAGGAUGAGUCUCGGCACUUUCAUGGGGUUCAUCUCCUGCUCUGCUGGAUUUGGACUCGGGAAAUUGGUGCAAGAUGGUCCCAGGAAGGAAAGGGACAGGGUUGAUCUCCCACCUUGCACCACGAUGCACUUUGCUGUCGGUGAAGCUGCCAAGCUCCCAGCACUAAAUGUUUAUUUAUAUUUAAAAUAAUGCUAUUAAGUGUAUGUGGGGAAAGGGGAAAUACCUGUUUGUCUGUAAGUGUUAACUCUGAAUAAACACCUGUGCAAAGGA